AUGGAUACGCUCAAGUUCCUGACUGCCAGCAUCCCUGACUGGCAACGACGCCUAGAGGACUUCGACGAGCAGAUCGACCAGCGUCAGAAAGACCUGGCCCGCCUAAACGAGGUGCAGGAUGCCGAGGCUUCCGGCAGCGGCACCAAGAGCCUACGGCCUAAGGGAUCGACCGAGUCACUCAAGGCCCGCGACGAUGGCGACGCACACCCCCGAGAAGUUGCAAGAGACGUGACUCCCAUGGAUGUCGAUGAUGACGACCCCGAAAAGAAGGCUGCUGCCGCUGCAGGAGCUGCAGCAGCUAGAUUUGACACCUCUGCACAGCGACCAGCCGAUCCUCAGACACAGCAGCAACCACAGGUGCAACAACAACAGUCCAACACCCAGCAGGCGCCCCUUAACCCGGCUGAUUCUCAUGCCCAAAGGCAGGCGAACGCAGCCCGUGCCGCCGGGCAAGCCCGCGCCCGUGCCACUCUCAAGAAGCGUCAGCGCACUGAUUCGCUACUUAGCCAGCCUCGGGACGAAGAUUACAAGCCAAAAUACCGCAGUCGUAGUAUGAUUAUCGUGUACUAUGACAGCUACGUGCAAAUUUUUUUCGAGGAACUGGUCAAGUUUGUCAGCUCUGCCCGCAAUAUGAUGCGCAAGGCCAAGAUGGCUGCCAAGGUGGCAAAGAUCCGCCGCCAGGCUGAGCUCGAUGCCACGGAUGCUGACGGCAGCAAAAAGCUGAACGCCGCAAGCAACAAUAACGCUGACAACAACAAUCCUACCACCGCUAAUGCUACCACGCCGGGUGACGCUCCCAUCGAACCGGCCGAGAACCUCAACGAUCCCGCCGCCAUCCUUCCAGUUCUAGCCUUCCGGUCCACGCGUCGGAUGAGCCCUAGUGCUGCCGCUUUGCUCAACGCUGCCCGCAGCGGCCGUCCGCUCUAUGGCCAAGCUACCCAGGCUGUCGCGGCCUUGGAUCUUCAAAACGACGAGCCCACGGUGUGGGACGAGCUCGAUAAGGGCCUGGAGUAUGUGCAGAGUAUGAGCGAGCACGCCGCGCACCAGUUCUUGCGCGAUGGUGAAUGCGCUGAGGAGGUGUCGAGCAUUAAGCGGCGGCUCGAGGAGGUGCUCGAGCUGGCCCAGCGCGAGAUGGAGCGCAUGGAGAAGGAGGAGGCGAACGGCAACAAGCAAGAGGACGCCAACGGCGAGGAUGACCUCACGCGUGCCCGGAGCUACCGUCUCCAGAGCAUGCGCAAGUCCGUCCUGGGAAAGGACAAGGACUCUAUUCCGCUGCCGCCGCUACCGGCGCCGAUCCUCCCCGAGACACAUGGCGUGCCGCCCGCGGCCAAGCCGACGCAGCUCGAGGACGAGGGCGUUGAGGCGUAG